AUUCGACGCAGGGUUUAUUGACCGUCCUGGGUCUGGCCUCCAUAAUUGGCGCUUGGCACAGGGAUAGCGGCGCCUUGGCAGACGCAAUUGCCGCCUCUGAAUUGCCCGUCUCCAAGACUUCCAAGACCUCCAAGAGAGUGGCUAUGCACCAAACCCCUUUUCGUUGGUUUCGGAUGCAAGGGUCGGUCGUGUUUUAAGAUGUCGGUGUCCCGAGAACAGGGGCAACCGGUUUCUUGCGCUUUUCACCAACUCCAACCCAACGCUGCUUCUUUCUCAGUCGAUCGCUUGACCCAGGUUAUUCCUGCUAUUCACUUUUUGGCCAUUUCGCUCGUUUGAUGGCCGUUUGAAUUUCUACACUUUAAUUGUUAUUGUAACUUUCACUCUCGGUUUGAUUCUGGCAGCAACCUCUCCCGCGCAUAAGAUAUUCGCCUGUACAACAAAAUGAAGUCUGCAGCGCUCUUGUCCGCAGCGGCGGCCGCGAUCGCCGUCCACGGCAGCCCAACUGCCACUCUGAGGUCCAAGCAGCGUGCUACCGAGCUCGAUCCCAUUACCGCGACCGGCAAUGCCUUCUUCAAGGGCAGCGAGCGGUUCUACGUACGCGGUGUCGACUACCAGCCUGGCGGUGCCAGCGCCAACAUCGACCCGCUCGCCAAUCCAGACGUCUGCUUGCCCGAUAUCGAAAAGUUCAAGACGCUCGGCAUCAAUGUCAUUCGUGUCUACUCGACCGAUAACUCGGUGGACCACGACGAGUGCAUGAACGCCCUCGCCGACGCCGGCAUCUACGUUGUGCUCGACGCCAACAACCCCAAGUAUUCGAUCAACCGCGCCGACCCCCAUGGCUCGUACAACACGGUCUACCUGCAGAGCGUGUUUGCCACCAUUGACGCCUUUGCCAAAUACUCCAACACCAUGGCCUUCUUCUCCGGUAACGAGGUCGUCCACGACCACCUGAACACGACGCUGGCCGCCAAGUACGUCAAGGCCACGGACCGUGACAUGCGCGCUUAUAUCAAGGCCCGCGGCUACCGCAAAAUCCUGGUCGGCUACUCGGCCGCCGAUGUCACCACCAACCGCAUGCAGACGGCCGCCUACUUCAACUGCGGCAGCGACGAGGAGCGCAGCGACUUCUUUGCUUUCAACGACUACUCGUGGUGCACCAGCGACUUCGUCAGGUCCGGGUGGGAUAAAAAAGUCGAGCUCUUCACGGGCUACGGCCUGCCCAUUUUCCUGUCCGAGUACGGCUGCAACACCAACGAGCGCAACUUCGGCGAGCUUGAGUCGCUCAUGCACAGCAACAUGACGAGCGUCUACUCGGGCGGCCUUAUGUACGAGUACACCAUGGAGGCCAACAAGUACGGCAUUGUUGAGAUCGAGGGCGGCCAGGAGAACGGUGGCAAGGACCAGACGGGCGAGCGCAAAGAGCUCCCCGAGUUCGCCGCCUUUUCCAGCGCCCUCGCCGCGUACCCUGCCCCGACCGGCGACGGCGGCUACACCUCGACCACUACGUCCCAGGCCUGCCCGACCGCCGACGAGCACUGGGCCAUUGAGGAAACCACUCUCCCCGAGAUUCCUGAGGGUGCCAAGAAAGUUUGUUCUCCCUUGUGGCCAUAAUUGUUGGUGGUGAACGCGUGGCUAACCAAAAGUUAGUUCUUUACCCAAGGCGCUGGGAAGGGCCCUGGCCUCAACGGCGACGGCUCGCAGUGGGCCACCGACCAGGCCU